CCUUUCUCCUUUCACACCAUUAAAGCCAUGGAUGAAAGCCACCGGCCUUUUUUGCAGAGGGACUUGGCUGGCACAGGCCUGAACCAGAGCCAGAUUCCAGGCCCCCCUCCUGUCCCCCUCUCGCCCUGUCCAAACACGGUUGGGACUCCGCACAGACUGCUGUGAAUGAAGCAUUUAAGGAUCAGAGGCCUCAGGCGCUGGGCAAACUCUCCCUGUUGCCCCGAGCUACCUUAAAAAAAAUAAAAGGUGCUUGGCUCCAAUUUUCUUAGCGGCUGGCAAAGAGGGGAUCUCAUGACUCCCUUUGAAAGGACAAGGUAGGGACAAACUGCGGAUAGAUCUUCUUCAUGUUGGUUGGGGCAUUUUCUCUUUUGCUCUGUGGGGCUGAAUUGACCGGCCUUGCGUAGAUGGAGAAGCCACCGAGGGGGAAAGGCAUCCUGAUUCACCUGCUUCUUCCUUUCUGCUGUUCCAAGAUGCUCCUGGCUAUCAUCUUCUUGCAAAUUUCCCCUCAAGCUUUGGCUGUAAGCAGUGAAUCCCACUGGACCUAUGAAGGGUCCCACGGACAGGAGCAUUGGCCAGACACUUUUCCAGACUGUGGCUGGAAGGCUCAGUCCCCUGUCGACAUCCAGAUGGGGUCAGUCCAAUACGACCCCUCCCUGCCUCCCAUUGAGCCAGAGGGAUACUGGAACCCUGGAAGCGGCGAUUUUACCUUGAUAAAUAACGGGCACACAGUGCAGAUGUCUUUGCCCCCAAGCAUGCGGUUGCAUGGCCUCCCCAGUGACUUCUCAGCUGUUCAGCUGCACUUCCAUUGGGGUGGGAAGGGGCACUCCAAAGGGUCAGAGCACAAGGUGGACGGAAAGUCCUUCCCAGCAGAACUCCAUGUUGUCCACUUCAACUCAGAGAAGUACCGUAAUGUGAGUGUGGCAAAACACCAACCGGAUGGGCUGGCAGUGCUGGGCAUCUUUCUGGAGCAGGCUGGCGACGUGGCAAACCCCGCCUACGAUCACAUCUUGGACCACUUGGACAAGAUCCAGUAUGCAGGUGAAUUGUCCCAGUCUGGACACUUCCAGGAAAUAACCAUCGCCCCUUUCAACGUGCGCAACCUCCUCCCGGCACAUUUGGGCCACUAUUUCCGCUACAAUGGCUCGCUGACGACUCCGCCCUGCUCCCAGAAUGUGCUGUGGACUGUCUUCCACCAGCCAGCCCACAUCUCCGUUGCCCAGCUGGAGACGCUGCAGAAAUCUGUCUAUUGUACUGAAGCAGGUGAACACCCCGCAGAGCUUCUAGUGGACAACUUCCGGGCCCCACAACCCUUGAACCAACGAGUGGUGUUCUCUUCCUUCUCUGUUGGGCCUUCAGGAUAUUCUGCAGGCGAGAUUGUUGCCAUAAUUUUUGGGGUGAUUUUGGGCUGCCUCAGCUUCUUCCUCGCCGGAUGGAUGGUGGCCAAGAGAAUACGGUGAGGCGCCGAUGGGAGACUGAGCCGGUUCCUUCUACCUGCAGGAGGGACAAGCGCAUGCAGGAACAAAAGAGCAUCGUCUCCACCUCUUCCUCACUGCCAGCGAUUUCAGAUGAAGACCCCGACGCACGAGACCGACUCUCUGAACCUCCACCCCCUCCCCGCCACUGCCCUAACACAAAAAUUCACACACACAUUUUGUGGGGCCAGGAAGGGUCGUGGAUGAGCCACAGACCGUCCCCAAGAACCCAGCAGUCACUAGCCAAGGCAACCUCUGACCCCCACUGAUCAACCCCCGCAAGGAAGAGGCAAAAGAGGAAUUCUCUGCAACAAGGCAGAAAUUCAGGCCUGGGGAGGGUAACUCCAGUCUGUGCCUGUGUAGUAGAGCAAGGUGUGGGUCUCAACCCCAGACAUACAACCUGCACACACACCCCAAACUGGUAUUUGGCCUCAAUUCUAGGAACCAGCUAAAGAAAGAAAAUGAUUAUUCCAGUUAAGUAGUCGGUAGAUGUGCUGUGUUCAAUGCAAACCCAGUCUUUUGGGGGCAUCCCUGCUUAAGCACAUGGACCCUUGGCCAUGCUGGGGGGCUGGGAGUCCAGCAAGAUCAGGAGGAGGGACCACAGCUGGCCGGGAUCCAGAAAGGCUGAUUUAGGAGAGCAAAAAUUCACAUUUCAAUCUUGUCUCACAGCCCCAACAUUGGUCAGGACUGGGUAUAGCUGUACAAAUAGUUUGGGUCCGAGUCUGUCCCAUUCACACACUCUUUACAUGCAGGAGUUCACCCCCCCUUUUAAAAAAAAGCAAUUCACCAGUUCUCCCACAAUCAGAAACACUCUCCUUAUCCUUGUUCACUUAAAAAUACACAUCCCGUUUCCUCCCGGAAUGAACAACCAGACAGAUCCACACGGAACCCCUUGGGAACAGAUCAAGGACCUGGAGAGGGGCCGUUUCCAUCCCAUCAUUUUAUGAAGAAAUAAAGUCCUCCUUUUCUUUUGACCCAAUGACGGCAUUCCGCUUUGGCUUUUUCGGGGAAAGAGGUGGCAAGAUGAGAAAGCAGGAGCAUUGAUCUGCUUGCUUGUUUCUUUAAUAGAUUUAUAUCCCGCCCUUCCGCCCAGCAGAAAUCCAAUUCAGUUCACAUUUAAAGGCAAAACUUACCCAAUUCCCAAAACAAUUCGCAAACAAUACACUGUGAAACCUUGCACUUCAGAAUGGGAUUCUGGGUCACAGAGAUGCUACCUCACAUGAACAUAAAAAUGCCACUCUGGGCUCCUGCUGGAUGGGUGGGUUAUAAAUCAAAUAAUAAAUAAAUAAAAUAA